CGGCACUCCGAGGCCCUCCCCAAUGCGCAGGUCGGAUCGAGAUAAGAAAUCGGGAUUAAUCGAGGAAUUAUUGAUUUUUAGUCCGAAAUAAUUGGAAUUACGAAAGGAGAGAUCGAGAGGAAGGAGGAGAAGAGAUGGGAGGGCUUCGGAUCUGACGGUCAAUGUCGAGGAUGAAGCAUCUCCUGAGGAAGCUCCACAUCGGCGGUGGCGGUGGCGGAGGCAGCAGUAGCGGAGGAGUUGACCAUCAAACUCACCACCACCCGCAUCCACAUCCACAUCCACAUCACCACCAGCGGCUUGUUGGUGACGCCAGGAGGAACCCCUCCCCCGCGUCCGCGUCGAGUUCGAGAGCAACGGCACAGGAUGCGGCGCCUGCGGAGGCUGUGGAAGUCAGGGAUGGAUCGCGGUCCGAUGGGGCGGCGGCGAUCGCGGGGUCGGACUUUAGCUUGUUUGAGGAGGAAUACCAGGUGCAGCUUGCGCUGGCGAUCAGUGCCUCCGCCGAUCCUGAUGGGUUGGAAGACGCUGAUUCCGUGCAGAUUAAGGCGGCCAAGCGGAUGAGCUUGGGAUGCCCGCCGGGGGUUGGUGCUGCUUCCGGAACUUUCGUUGGUGUGGGUGCUGAUGAUGACAGCUCGAUGGAGCUCCUCUCGCUCCGUUAUUGGAGUUAUAAUGUUGUGAACUAUGAUGAAAAGCUGUUGGAUGGUUUCUAUGAUGUAUAUGGUGUCAUCUCAAAUCCCAGCAUUAUCGAAAAGAUGCCUUCUUUGGUGGAUCUCCAAGCAAUAUCUGUUUCAGAUAAGAUUGAUUAUGAAGUAAUUCUAGUGAAUCGUACAUUUGACUAUACACUUCAACAACUUGAGAAGCAAGCAGUCUCUAUUCUUCUGGAAAGCAAAACAGAAGAGCAUGGUCUACUGGCUAGUGAGUUGGUCCAAAGGAUUGCAGAUCUCGUUGUUCGCACUAUGGGCGGUCCAGUUGACGAUGCUAAUGAUAUGCAAAGAAGGUGGACACUCAAGAGCUGUGAAUUGCGGAAUUCUUUGAACACUAUUGUUCUUCCUCUUGGGUCACUUGAGAUUGGAUUAUCACGCCACAGGGCCUUGCUCUUUAAGGUUCUAGCUGAUCGGAUAAACCUUCCAUGUAAACUUGUAAAAGGUAGUUACUAUACUGGUACAGAUGAAGGAGCUGUGAAUUUCAUUAAAGUUGAUUAUGAAAGUGAAUAUAUUGUGGAUCUUAUGGGAGCUCCAGGCACAUUGAUCCCUACCGAGAAUCCCAACACUCAUAUGGAAAAUUCUAGAAACUUUCUACUAGACCCAGAGACCAUUGAACAAACUGUUAAGGAUUUAUGCUUGGCCAUCAAUAAAGUGAAUUUUCAAUUUGAGAGAAAAAGUGAUACAUUUGAAGGAGAUCUAGAUAACAGCUUACCAUCUGGAUAUUCUGAAUUACAGCUGGAAGACAGUUCAAGCUUAAUCAAUAGAUAUGAUGAUGUUGAUGGUUUGGUUGUGAACAGCCACAUUACAGGGUGUGAUAAUGAACCUGGGAAUUUCCAUCCUUUGCUGAGUAGACCUCCAUUGGUCACAUCUAAACCUACUGAAGUUAUUUCCCCUUCUCAACAGAUGAAAGUUAAUGAUGUUUCCAAGUAUGUUGUCACUGCAGCAAAGAAUCCAGAAUUUGCUCAGAAGUUACAUGCUGUUUUACUAGAAAGCGGAGCAUCACCUCCUCCGGAUCUGUUUUCUGAUUUAAGUUCUUCACUAAAUUUGGUUGAACAGGAUCAUAACAUAGGUUUUGAGGCGACUGAUGGAAGAAUUAGGCUAGAGUUAGCUGAGAUGAAUACAAGUACAGAUAUCAAAUCUUCCAUUUCACCUGUAUUAACAGCAGAAUGUUCAAUUGAUUCUGACAUGGCGAAGAAAAAUGAAAAUGUUGCUGAGAGAUUAGUAAAUAAUAUGGGGGAAGAGAUAUCCGGUACAAGCAUGUCUUCUUCUUUAGCUACAACAAAUGACUGGCUCGUCAUUCCUAAUUCUCAGGUGAAUGUGAGUUCGCUUGAUGGGUCAUGGGUUAAAUACAGUGAUUCAAUUCUGGAUUAUCCGGUGGCAUCAGGAGCUUUCUUCUUGAAUGAAGUGGAUGCAUGCCCUGUGUCUGAUGUGGCUGAAUCAAUUCAAAAAGGAGGUGCAAAUAUUCUUGGACCAUCUGUUGUACAUUACUAUCAGGAAAAUAUAGGAAGAGAUUCUGUUUCUGAUGGGCAUCAAGUUGCUCCUGAAGAUCGUCAAGAAGGUGCAAAGGAUUCCAUGUUUAAACUAAAAGGUAAUCUCCAUGGACUAUAUGCAUCUGACAAUGAAAAAUCAAGCAAAAUAUUAGAUGCAGUUUCUGAAUGGGAGAUACCUUGGGAAGAUCUUCAGAUUGGAGAGCGAAUUGGUCUAGGUUCAUAUGGUGAGGUUUAUCGUGCAGAUUGGAAUUGCACUGAGGUUGCAGUGAAGAAGUUUUUGGAUCAGGAUCUUUAUGGGGAUGCAUUAGAGCAAUUCAGAUAUGAAGUUAAAAUCAUGUCAAGGUUACGACAUCCAAAUGUUGUUCUUUUCAUGGGAGCAGUGACUCGUCCUCCAAAUUUGUCAAUAUUAACUGAAUUUCUUCCAAGGGGAAGUCUAUAUAGGCUGCUGCAUCGUCCUAAUACUCAACUCGAUGAAAAACGACGACUAAAGAUGGCUUUGGAUGUGGCCAAAGGGAUGAACUACUUGCAUACUAGCCAUCCUACUAUUGUGCACAGAGAUCUCAAGUCUCCUAAUCUUCUGGUUGAUAAGAACUGGGUUGUCAAGGUUUGUGAUUUUGGUUUGUCAAGGUUGAAGCAUCAUACAUUCUUGUCAUCAAAGUCAACAUCUGGAACGCCGGAAUGGAUGGCACCAGAGGUCUUACGGAAUGAACCAUCAAAUGAGAAGUGUGAUGUUUACAGCUUUGGUGUCAUCUUGUGGGAAUUAGCAACCCUACACAAGCCAUGGAGUGGAAUGAAUUCGAUGCAAGUUGUUGGCGCCGUGGGAUUCCAAAAUAGACGUCUUGAGAUACCCAAUGAUAUUGACCCAGUGGUUGCACAGAUAAUUACCGAUUGUUGGGAAAGUGAGCCAAAUAAACGCCCUUCUUUUGCACAACUUUUGACACCUCUUAAGCAGUUGCAGAAGUUGGUCGGCGCAAACUGAGGCUUUACUUGUUUGUGAAAAAGAUGUAUUUGUAAAGUGCAAACCUUUGAACAUUGUGUUCGCACUGGAGAAGCAAGGACACUACUGGCUGCGAAGUAUACUUGUUCGUGGCCAAUACCUGUAGGCUCAAGUCUGUUCAAAUUUAGAGAAUUCUUCCGUGGUUUGGCGACCAAGAGGUUUUGUCGAGGCAUGCUUUGUUAUCCUGAAGCUGUGCAAAGUGCAGCUGAAGAGUUAAAGAUUGCUACAUUUUUAAACUCAAUACUUUACCAGAGUGCUAAAAGUAUAGCACCAUAGUACAUAAUUCUGUCAUUUUGUUUCGGAUUCACAAGUCGAAUCUGAGACCGAAUCAAAGUUGUACACAUCGGCCCAAGCUGUAACUAUUUCUGCUCUUGAAAAAAACAAAGAAGGUACAGGAAAGAAAAUCUAAAGGGAUUUGCGCCCGCUUUCAUUUCCCCAAUAAAGUGUGUUUCUCCAUCACCGUCGCAGUUAUUUCGUCAUUUAAACUUCAUUUCUGUAUGUCAAUGCAUAUGUUGUAAGAACAAAGUAGCUGAAUGCUUCCUCAAUUCCCCUGAAUUGUUGAUAAAUUUGUGUGAGAUCAGUAAACAUUACACGAUGAUAAAUCCCCUUAAUGGAAUUCAUUUUCCUAUUUACUUUA